AUGUCGUUCUCCGUCAAUGGAAGAUCUGCAAUCGUGACCGGCGCCGGUUCAGGCAUCAACCUGUCCUUCGCUAGACUGCUGCUCGAGAAUGGAUGCAACGUUCUCAUCGCCGACCUGGCUCUUCGCCCCGAAGCAAAGGUAGUGGUCGACCGCUACUCGACCUCGGCCCCUCGAGCGGUCUUCCAGAAGACCGACGUGACCAGUUGGGAGCAAUUGGAGAAGAUGUUCGAGAGGGCCGAAAAGGAAUUCGGAGAAAUUGACGUGGUGUGUCCAGGAGCUGGGAUCUACGAGCCGCACUGGACCAAUUUCUGGCGUCCUCCCGGAACACCCGAUAGUCGGGAUGCGCAACACGGGGAUCGAUAUGCCUUGUUGGAUAUCAACCUGACGCAUCCCAUCCGUACCACUCAGUUAGCGAUUUCCCAUUUCCUGCGUCACCGCACCAACGACCGGCGCAAACACAUUGUGCAUAUUUCGAGCAUCGCCGGCCAGAACCCCGCUCUGGCAGCGCCAAUCUAUGUAGCCACCAAACACGGCAUCAAUGGGCUGGUACGAUCCAUGGCCAAACUCGAUCGGAAAUUUGGGAUUCGUGUCACCGCCGUAGCGCCCGGGGUGAUCAAAACCCCCCUGUGGACGGAUCACCCGGAGAAAAUCAAGAUCGUGGAUGAGAACGCGGAUGAAUGGGUGACGGCCGACGAAGUAGCUCAAGUGAUGCUCGCUCUUGUGCAACAAGACCGCGUUAGUGAGAUCAUUGGCGACCAAUCGGGUCAGGGGCCCCAGUUCCUGGUCGGCGGAGGAACCGUGCUGGAGGUCUCCAAAACCGUGCGGUCAGUGAGUCCGUUCAACGAUCCGGGACCCGCCGGUAGGGCUGGCAACACCGUGUCGGACAUGAACGUGCUCGAGGACGAGGUAUUUGGGCGCGCAAUCCGAGGAAAACGCGACUCUGGCCAUGAAGGCCAGGCUAGUUGGAUUAGCUGUGUGAUUAAUCUGGUCAAUACAAUUAUCGGCGCCGGUGUUCUUGCCAUGCCGCUGGCUGUCUCCCAUAUGGGAAUUGUCCUCGGAGUCUGCGUCGUUUUAUGGUCGGGCGUGACGGCUGGAUUUGGAUUAUACCUUCAGUCACGCUGUGCUCAAUAUUUGGAUCGAGGGCAGGCUUCUUUCUUCGCUCUGUCCCAGAUCACAUACCCCAAUGCCGCCGUCGUGUUCGAUGCGGCAAUCGCGAUCAAAUGUUUUGGCGUCGGAGUCAGCUAUCUCAUCAUCAUUGGCGAUCUGAUGCCGGGAGUCGUUCACGGCUUUUUUGGUGACUCCCCGGAUUAUGACUUUUUGGUCGAUCGGCAUUUUUGGGUGACGGCUUUCAUGCUGGUCGUCAUCCCGCUUUCCUACCUCCGACGCUUGGAUUCCCUUAAGUAUACAAGUAUUGCGGCGUUGGUUUCGAUGGCCUACCUGGUGGUGUUGGUCGUUUAUCAUUUCGUGGUGGGAGACACAUUGGCCGAUAGAGGCCCUGUCCGAGUGGUUCACUGGGCAGGGUUGGUUCCAACCCUCAGCAGUCUCCCCGUUAUCGUUUUCGCAUUUACAUGUCAUCAAAACAUGUUUUCGAUCUUGAACGAGAUGGCCAAUGCCAGCCACUUCAGGACAACCUCCGUCGUUUUUGCGAGCAUUGGAAGCUCCGCUGCGACUUACAUCCUCGUCGCAAUUACUGGCUAUCUAUCCUAUGGCGACAACAUUGGCGGAAACAUCGUGGGCAUGUACUCUCCCGGACUUUGGGCCACGAUCGGACGUGCGGCCAUCGUCAUGCUGGUCAUGUUUUCAUAUCCUUUGCAAUGCCACCCAUGCCGCGCUUCCCUGGACGCAGUGCUGCGCUGGAGGCCCCAGCCAUCAUCGAAUGGCAACGACGGGUCCCCUCAUCGACACCCUCUGUUGGGCCCGCGGGGUAACCGACAGCCGGAGCCCAUGAGCGAUCUCCGUUUUUCCGUCAUCACCACGACGAUUCUCGUCUUGAGUUACAUUGUCGCAAUGACCGUGUCCUCGCUCCAGGCGGUGCUGGCCUACGUCGGUAGCACGGGUAGCACCAGCAUCAGCUUCAUUCUUCCGGGGUUGUUUUACUACAAGAUCUCCGCUCCCGAUUCUCCCACUCAUCAGCGACUCAUGAAGGAAGACGACGAAGCCGCAGAAGACAUCUUUUCCGAUGAUGACGACAGCGAUGAUGACGACACCGGCGCUCAAAACCAUCCCCUCUCCGAUAGCGGCAUCCUCCGACUUGGAAUUCGCCACUGGCGCCGGUCCUUGCUGCGGAAACUCAGUCUCGCUCUCGCCAUCUACGGUUUGGUCGUCAUGAUUGUGUGCUUGAUCACCAAUUCCCUCUUCAUCGCUUCGCAUUAA